CGUCUGACAACAGCAAAUCAAAAACAAAAGGAUUUUUAAACUGGAAAUCCGUUAUAACUUUAUGAGAUAAGUUUUAGAUAAUAUAUGAAAUAAUUUAAGUGUUAUUGCUACUACUGGGAAAAGAUUUGCAGUAAUAAUGACAAACACUAAACAAAUAAAAAUAACAAAGUUGUUCCGAAAAGGCGCAAUUAGAGCACCAGACGACUGCCAAGAGUUGCAGGAAGAGAUCCAGGAACUUGAAAGACAGCUUAAACAAAAGCAUUAUGAGUUAUUUCAGGUCCAGCGCAAUAAGUAUAGAAGUAAAACUGCCCGUGUCAAUACUCUACCGAAAAAACCCGAAGUUUUUGUUAGACCCCAGAUAAUUAUGCUACAAAAUUCAAUUGACACUAUGAAGAAAAACCUGGAGUUAACGUCUAUGGUGUCAGGUAUGGAGGUGCAGUCAUAUGUGUCAGGGGAGCUUUGCUGCAUUGUCUAUCAUUUGCAGCAUGAUGCAAAACACCAAGUUAAACAUUGCCUGGAAAUUGACAUGACUUCCGGAAAAAAUGAAAUAAAACGAACCUCAUUCCCACUUGGCUUUAAUUUCAAAGCUGUGAUUGAAGAGUUUGACAAUGUUAUGAAACCAGCGUGCCUUGGCUCUAUAAGAAAAGCUCUUGUUGCAUAUUACGAUAGACUUGCACAAUUUGAUGCUUUAAAGAAAUUAUUAAAUAUUGAAGCAAAGUUAUUUAAAAAAUUAGACUCAUCAUAUAUAGAGAUAUCAUUUUUUGCUGAAGCGAAUGUGGACAAUGAAUGUGUUAUGAUACCUAUAGUCCUUUUCCUUGAUUAUGACAUCAAUGAUAUUAGACCUAAAACUUACAGAUUCAAUGAUGCAGAUUUGUCAGAGGAUGUUAAAAGUGUUCUACACACACAAUGUACUGUGUUCAGAAAGAAGGAACUUCAUAAAGCAUUCAGAGAUGCAUUUAUGGAUGGAAUUGGACCAUACAAGCUGUUGAAACAGCUGACAGUAGAUGAGCCAAACCCUCAGCAGAGUCACAAGCGCUUCCGUCCCAACAAACAGAACCCUCACAAUGAUGACACCUUCCUACCUGAGGAAUGUUCUGACCAAGGUGAAAAUGACGACGAUGUUUAAAACUCGCAGAGUCGGAUUCUUCUGAAUAUAAAUGUGGUUUUGAGUUUCCGUUUUAAUGUUAAGCUUGUAAAUAUAACAAAAUCUUUAUUUUAU